AUGGCCCCAUUGAGGAUAGAUCUGGUCCGACCACAAUCCACCGAGCUUACCAAAUUGGAAUCUACUUCAAGUCACGCUCAUCGUUUUUAUGACCUCUGA